AUGCAGUUGGACCCCUGGAUGCUUCUGUUUCCCACCGACAGCCCCGAGCUCGGGAAGAAGAAGUGGGAGUUCUGCAAGGCGAAUCGUAUCAAGCCUCACCGCCUGCACGACGCUAGCCGCCACAAAAAGUACAUCUUCGCGCUGCGGCGGAUGAUGAAGCAGUGCAAGCGAACCCUGGCGCUAAAGCAGAAGCUCUUGAUGAAGUUUCUGAGCGGCGACGCGCUGCAGAAGUUCAAGGUACACAUACAAAAGAGCCCACAAGAGCUGGAAGCAGAGGUCGACAAUGAAGGGAGGAAGUUGAAAGAACGGGAUGCCAUGAUCGCGAAGCUACUCACCUUCUGGCAUCGACGAAUGCAACAGUUGGAGGACGAGAAGGAAGCGGAGCGAGAGACUUUCCGCUACAAGGUCAAAGCCCUUCUGGAAGACAUUCAGAGCCUCGCGAAGGUGUUGGAGGAUGCGGCGCUGACGAAGAAAAGGAGGAGACGUGUUGAU